AUGCAGGAAUCGCUGUUGCUCUCCGGGGAUCCGUCGUCGACAAGAGCGGCCCACAGCACCGCUGUGGCUGCGGCUGGUGCUAAUGGGCACGCGACAGUACAACCUACGCCGCGCAGCACCACUGAAGGUUCUGGCACCGACGCAACCUCGCGCACGAGCGGCAGCUCCGCCGAGGUCCCGGCGUCCUCGAUCCAUAUGGCUAGCCACAACAACCCUAAUCCGGCACCUGUGCCGCAUGCCCUGGAGUCCCGCACGAGUAGUGGGCCUCCGAGAAAAAAUUCAGACAGUACUCCCAGGGAGGCCCUGGCAAGCAAGCCGAGCAGCAGCAGUACUAACUCGCUGGCAUGCAGAAAGAGCGCUGCCGAGCGUAUGGAGCAUCUCGUUGCCGUCGAGGACCGCCAUCGCUUCCACCUCGAGUGCCUCGCGGAGGAUGAGCUGGAGGACCUCUGUGACGUAAUGAUCUCGAGUGAGGACGAUCUCCUACAAUAUGAGCUCCAUCGCAUCAACGCCGAGGAGCGAGGCUUCCUGCCCAGUAAAGGCGAGAACUACGCAGCCCCCGACCCGUUCCACGAAGACGAGGAAGACGUCGAGGCGCGGCUGCAGCGCAGGACAGCUGCCGCAGCAAGCCAGACAGGCGGCGGCUUCGCUGUUGCAGCUGAGCCAGAUGAGGAGUUUGAGAGCUUCCGUGAUGCUGCUCCGUACGACGCGGCACUGCAGAUUGAGCGAUUGGUACAACCAGGGGAGUACAGUAGCAGUUGUUCUGCAUGGCUCAUGACCGACACCCUGCAUGCACUUGACAUAACAAGCGUCUCAGCUGCACAGCUGCAAGUUGAGUCUGUCUCACUGACGUACAUGGGAGCUGGAAAGGACCGUGAUGACGCAGGCUCGGUGGACGGAAAUGAGGACGAAUACUCCGAUGAUGACACUCCGCUUCUGGCUCAACUGGGCACUCGCACAAAUCGCUACAAGGCUGGGAGAGCACACAGAGCUGCCGAGCAAGAGGCUGGUGAUGCUGCCGAGGGGCACGAGGACGGAGACAGCAACAGCGAGGAACCGCUCGUGCAAAAUACUACCCACGGGCCAAAGCGACUUGUCGCCGUGGGCCUUCGACCUGCGGAGGACGGACGGCCGCCGAGUGCUGAGCAGACGGACGCUGAGGACGAGCAGCUAUCGCCGUCGUUCGAGUUUGGCCCGACGCGUGCUGCUGGGCGCCCUGUCGCCGUGGGCCUUCGACCUGCGGAGGACGGACGGCCGCCGAGUGCUGAGCAGACGGACGCUGAGGACGAGCAGCUAUCGCCGUCGUUCGAGUUUGGCCCGACGCGUGCUGCUGGGCGCCCUGUCGUCGUGGGCCUUCGACCUGCGGAGGACGGACGGCCGCCGAGUGCUGAGCAGACGGACGCUGAGGACGAGCAGCUAUCGCCGUCGUUCGAGUUUGGCCCGAUGCGUGCUGCUGGGCGCCCUGUCGCCGUGGGCCUUCGACCUGCGGAGGACGGACGGCCGCCGAGUGCUGAGCAGACGGACGCUGAGGACGAGCAGCUAUCGCCGUCGUUCGAGUUUGGCCCGACGCGUGCUGCUGGUCGGCCUUGCGGUGGCUGCCCUCCAGAGGCCGGCGAGUGCGCUGAGGGGCACGAGGACGUAGGCAGCAGCAGUGAGGAACCGCUCGUGCAGAACGCUACCCGUGAGCCAAAGUUCUCUGCUGGCCGUGCACGGGUCACUCACAUGGCGGAGGCCAGUUGUGCUGAUGAUGAAGACGAGGAGGCCCCACUGACUCCAGGCGCUGCUCAAAGGUCGCAGCGCAUUGUGGGGCCUCUACUAAGUAACCGAGGAGCGCCGGCUGCGUUAUACGAGAUAGCAUUGAUGUCAGGUGAGAUGGAAAACGAAGAUCACGAUAGCGGCACUGUCCUCUACGCGGCAAGUCACCUCUCUUCAGCUCGCUUGCAUGAGCGCGAGAUGAGUAUGCGCGAUACUGUGCAGGGCGGCGGUGCACGCAUGUCAUCACUGCUGUGUUCCUCCAGCUACCUGCUCACAGGCAGCCGUAUGGAGUUGGAGGGAGGCGCUGCACAGGAAAUUACAGGCGUGGGUGCAGCACAGACACAUCGUGCUCACGGACUCGGGUUUUCAAAAGACUUCACCCGCGCCCAGAGCGGCUAUGUGGCGCUGCGCAAGCGACACACCUCCAGCGCGCGCUCUGAUCUCACGGCCAGUGUAGAGACCAUUCGACGACCCUCAAGAACACCUAUUGGUGACAACGGCGACGACACCACCCACACGGGAGAAGAUGCCAUCGCUGCCGCACGCACUGCAAGGGCGGCGCGUGUCUUACACCUUCGCCGUGAGAAGGAGUGCGUUGAACGGGAACGUGCUGACUAUGCCCGAAUUAUGUCGGCGCAUUCUCCAGCGUCUCCGAUACCCGUGCGCGCAGACGACGAAAAAGAGGAAACACUCGAUAUAUCCGCUAUUCACGGCCCGACGCGUGCUGCUGGGCGCCCUGUCGCCGUGGGCCUUCGACCUGCGGAGGACGGACGGCCGCCGAGUGCUGAGCAGACGGACGCUGAGGACGAGCAGCUAUCGCCGUCGUUCGAGUUUGGCCCGACGCGUGCUGCUGGGCGCCCUGUCGCCGUGGGCCUUCGACCUGCGGAGGACGGACGGCCGCCGAGUGCUGAGCAGACGGACGCUGAGGACGAGCAGCUAUCGCCGUCGUUCGAGUUUGGCCCGACGCGUGCUGCUGGGCGCCCUGUCGUCGUGGGCCUUCGACCUGCGGAGGACGGACGGCCGCCGAGUGCUGAGCAGACGGACGCUGAGGACGAGCAGCUAUCGCCGUCGUUCGAGUUUGGCCCGACGCGUGCUGCUGGGCGCCCUGUCGCCGUGGGCCUUCGACCUGCGGAGGACGGACGGCCGCCGAGUGCUGAGCAGACGGACGCUGAGGACGAGCAGCUAUCGCCGUCGUUCGAGUUUGGCCCGAUGCGUGCUGCUGGGCGCCCUGUCGCCGUGGGCCUUCGACCUGUGGAGGACGGACGGCCGCCGAGUGCUGAGCAGACGGACGCUGAGGACGAGCAGCUAUCGCCGUCGUUCGAGUUUGGCCCGACGCGUGCUGCUGGUCGGCCUUGCGGUGGCUGCCCUCCAGAGGCCGGCGAGUGCGCUGAGGGGCACGAGGACGUAGGCAGCAGCAGUGAGGAGCCGCUGGGACUAGUUAUUGGUCGCCGAACGGAUCUCUACAAGACAGAUCAUACAGGGCCCAAGGACUACCGCACUGAGGAAGAUGAGGAGGAGCCUAAUGGAAGCGUUAACGCCGACAGCGGUGACGAGGAGGAGGAACUCCGCAUGCCGGCUCUGCAGCACGCCCCCAAACACUCCACUGGCAGGCCUACAUUGAAGGCAGUGCCGGUGGCGGCGACGGAUGGACAGCAGCCGUGCAACAGUGACUCAGAUUCUGAUGUUCCGGUCAAUGUUGGGUUCAUCUCCAGCUCCACCAGGCAUGAACCAGGUGAUCCACCGCACGAUAAGGCUCCUGAGGCGACCGAUGUCGUAGAUGAUGCCCCUGACAACAACAGUUCAGAUGACUCACCUAUAGAAACACACCUGGUGCGAGAUGUUCCUCUACGCAAAGCAGCACAUCUCAUGCAGAUACCCCCGUCCGCUAUCCAGGAAGUAACUGGCAGGGCAGACAGAGAUACAGAGGACGUGGAUGAGGAAGAGCCGUUACUGUCGCUUGCGCAACGGAAGAGCCGCGUAGAGCGCAAGGCGCAGCCUCGAGCAGCUCUGCCACAAGAGGCUCAUGAGCGGCACUCCGUCGUAUCAACAGAGGAGGACGAGGAGGAAGAGGCUACUCCGCUCGCUCAGGGUCGCCAGCGGCUACGCUUGGCGGGUCCAUACCCCAAAACGCACCAUCCUUUCACCAAGGAAGACAGCUGCGCAACCCUUUCCGAAGACGACACGGAUAGCGAUCCCAUCGUGCCCAGCACUCGCAGCCAGCGUUCGGUGGGUGUGUCAGGGCAUCCCCACGAACUCCUUAUCGAGAAGGAGGAGGCUGAAAGCGUAGACUCGAGUGAGAGCGAGGAGCAAACACCAUUGCUCGCCUUGAUCCACACGCCGCGCAAGUGUCGACAGGGUCCGAACCGCCGAGAACAGAGCUUUGAAGUAGCAGAGGAGCAACCUAACGACCUCUCCACGCCGUCAUCCACCUAUCUUCCACUCACAGUUGUUUACAAUCGCACACAGCCAACGCGGGCAAACCAACCACCACCGACUCCAACUCUCUGCGUCGACGACGAGGAAGCAGCAUCCAACACACCGACACGACAGACAGUACACCAUUACCUCCUUGAAAAAGCCCCCACUGACCGCAGCACUACGACUGUCACCAUCGCCGAAGAAUCAACCGCCCGCAUUGACAGAAUACUGUCCUGCGAAAAGAAACUUCACGCCAACACGCACGAGAAGACCCACAAUGGCAUUCAUGCAACCCUCAACGAGCACAGCCCACAACGUACACCCCAGAUACGAUGCGUCCACAACACCAUCAUCGAGCACAUCAAGCGCAUCGUAACCCAAAGCGAAAGCCACCAAAUAACAAUUCCCCACCACAUACACGCACCUCCAGAGCACAACAUCAGUGCACCAAGCGACUUGGCAGAGCAGCCGCUGGAGUGCGCGCUGCACCAGGCCGGCGACGAGAAGGAGCGUGCUGGCCGCGACGCCGUGCCGGAACGGGCGAUGGGUGCGCCCGGCGACGUGGCAGAGCAGCCGCUGGAGUGCGCGCUGCACCAGGCCGGCGACGAGAAGGAGCGUGCUGGCCGCGACGCCGUGCCGGAACGGGCGAUGGGUGCGCCCGGCGACGUGGCAGAGCAGCCGCUGGAGUGCGCGCUGCACCAGGCCGGCGACGAGAAGGAGCGUGCUGACCGCGACGCCGUGCCGGAACGGGCGAUGGGUGCGCCCGGCGACGUGGCAGAGCAGCCGCUGGAGUGCGCGCUGCACCAGGCCGGCGACGAGAAGGAGCGUGCUGGCCGCGACGCCGUGCCGGAACGGGCGAUGGGUGCGCCCGGCGACGUGGCAGAGCAGCCGCUGGAGUGCGCGCUGCACCAGGCCGGCGACGAGAAGGAGCGCGCUGGCCGCGACGCCGUGCCGGAACGGGCGAUGGGUGCGCCCGGCGACGUGGCAGAGCAGCCGCUGGAGUGCGCGCUGCACCAGGCCGGCGACGAGAAGGAGCGUGCUGGCCGCGACGCCGUGCCGGAACGGGCGAUGGGUGCGCCCGGCGACGUGGCAGAGCAGCCGCUGGAGUGCGCGCUGCACCAGGCCGGCGACGAGAAGGAGCGUGCUGGCCGCGACGCCGUGCCGGAACGGGCGAUGGGUGCGCCCGGCGACGUGGCAGAGCAGCCGCUGGAGUGCGCGCUGCACCAGGCCGGCGACGAGAAGGAGCGUGCUGGCCGCGACGCCGUGCCGGAACGGGCGAUGGGUGCGCCCGGCGACGUGGCAGAGCAGCCGCUGGAGUGCGCGCUGCACCAGGCCGGCGACGAGAAGGAGCGUGCUGGCCGCGACGCCGUGCCGGAACGGGCGAUGGGUGCGCCCGGCGACGUGGCAGAGCAGCCGCUGGAGUGCGCGCUGCACCAGGCCGGCGACGAGAAGGAGCGCGCUGGCCGCGACGCCGUGCCGGAACGGGCGAUGGGUGCGCCCGGCGACGUGGCAGAGCAGCCGCUGGAGUGCGCGCUGCACCAGGCCGGCGACGAGAAGGAGCGUGCUGGCCGCGACGCCGUGCCGGAACGGGCGAUGGGUGCGCCCGGCGACGUGGCAGAGCAGCCGCUGGAGUGCGCGCUGCACCAGGCCGGCGACGAGAAGGAGCGCGCUGGCCGCGACGCCGUGCCGGAACGGGCGAUGGGUGCGCCCGGCGACGUGGCAGAGCAGCCGCUGGAGUGCGCGCUGCACCAGGCCGGCGACGAGAAGGAGCGUGCUGGCCGCGACGCCGUGCCGGAACGGGCGAUGGGUGCGCCCGGCGACGUGGCAGAGCAGCCGCUGGAGUGCGCGCUGCACCAGGCCGGCGACGAGAAGGAGCGUGCUGGCCGCGACGCCGUGCCGGAACGGGCGAUGGGUGCGCCCGGCGACGUGGCAGAGCAGCCGCUGGAGUGCGCGCUGCACCAGGCCGGCGACGAGAAGGAGCGCGCUGGCCGCGACGCCGUGCCGGAACGGGCGAUGGGUGCGCCCGGCGACGUGGCAGAGCAGCCGCUGGAGUGCGCGCUGCACCAGGCCGGCGACGAGAAGGAGCGCGCUGGCCGCGACGCCGUGCCGGAACGGGCGAUGGGUGCGCCCGGCGACGUGGCAGAGCAGCCGCUGGAGUGCGCGCUGCACCAGGCCGGCGACGAGAAGGAGCGUGCUGGCCGCGACGCCGUGCCGGAACGGGCGAUG